UUACAGUUCAUAGGGCACAGUUCAUAACGUUAUAUCUCGCCUCAAGUGACUACGAUUUAUUUGGAAAUAAAUGUCGUUUUGUGUUUACUUUACAUAAUUUUAUAUUUAAAAAAAAUUGGAUAACUAAUGUGAUUUCUUACCUGCUGUGUAUUCAUCUCUCCGUUCAGCCUUCACGUCUAGAGGGAUUAGAGCCCUAACCAGCUUCCAGUGGUUUCGCCAGAGCUGUUUAAUAGCAAUUUACAAAAGAUUAAGUAGUAAGAAAAGAAUCAAAAUUGAAAUGGAUAAUUAUAGCCACGUUACUGCGAUCAAAAUAGAGGAAGACGAUGAGAUUAUGAAAGAGAAUUUUACUGAAGCUUUAGUGUCAAAAGCGAAACAAAAUGCCAUUGAAAAAUCAUAUAAUAGCUAUCCGACGCCCCACAACAAUCCUCAAAAUACAAUCCAUGGAGAUGCAUACAAUGUAAGGGAAACAAGUAUUGGAACGAUAGUCAAAUUUGAAGUAGAUGAGGUAGCUGGAUAUCGUUUUGAGUCUGUAAUUGAAAUUGAAAAAAACCAGUUCAUGCAAACGACGAAUCACGAUUUGGACGAAUUGACAUUUAUCUGUGACAUUUGUAAUGAGUCAUUUGCAACCAAAAGGAGAGUGGCUCGACAUAUAACUCAAUCACAUAAUGUACACUCAGUUACUCAGAAUAUCACAGGAAAACAAGUUGUCAAAAAUACAUGCAGUGUAAAUGAUACGACUAAUGCGGCGAAUAAGGAAGUUGAUUUUUUUUUUGAGUCUUGGAUAAAGAAAGAUAAAAAAAACCAAAAAGUACCGAAGAAUAUGAAGAAAAAUAUAGAAGAACGACGGUUAUUCCAAUGUGAUUUAUGUCAAAAGUCGUACAACACUAAAAAGCAAAUAACUUUUCAUUUAAAAAACUCUCACAAAAGUUCAAUUACCGAACGCGCUCCCCGAAAAAUCAACACUCUAAAUCGCAAUAAGUAUACUGAGAGAUUAAUCAAAAAUAUAAGCCGACCCUACAAAUGUGAUGUGUGUUUUAAGAAUUUCAUUUUCAAAUGCCAACUCACACUACAUAAACGAAUGCACACUGGCGAAAAACCCUACAAGUGUGCAAUGUGCGUAAAGUCGUUUGCUCACAAAUGUGACGUCUUAAAACACAUACGCGUGCACACCGGGGAAAAGCCUUACAAAUGUGGUUUGUGUCCUAGGGCAUUUUCUGAAAAUUCAAAACUCACAAAACACAUACGCGUGCACACUGGAGAAAAGCCCUACAAAUGUGAAGUGUGCCUAAAAUCAUUUUCUAUAAAACACCAUCUUACACGUCAUACACGUGUGCACACUGGUGAAAAACCUCACCAAUGUGAUGUAUGUUUAAAAUCGUUUUCAAGAAAAUUCGCCCUCACAACUCAUGAACGUGUGCACACUGGAGAAAAGCCCUACAAAUGUGCAGCGUGCGUAAAGUCGUUUGCUCAAAAAUGCGACCUCACAAAACACGAACGCACGCACACUGGUAAAAAGCCUUACAAAUGUGAUUUGUGUCCUAGGGCAUUUUCUGAAAAAUCAAAACUCAUCCAACACAUACGCGUGCACACUGGAGAAAAGCCUUACAAAUGUGCUGUGUGCUUCAGGUGUUUUUCUCGAAAAGCCCACCUCACAAAUCAUGAACGCUUGCACACCAGGGAAGAGCCCUACAAAUGUGAUAUGUGUCUUAAGACAUUUACUAAAAAAUCAUUACUCACACAGCACAUACGCGUGCACACUGGAGAAAACCCCUACAAAUGUACUGUGUGCCUCAGGUGUUUUCCUCGAAAAGCCCAACUCACAUGUCAUGAGCGCGUGCACACUGGCGGAAAGCCUUACAAGUGUACUGUGUGUUGUAAGUAUUUUUCUAGACAAGCCAGUCUUGCACUACACAAACGCAUGCACACUGGUGAAAAUCUCUAUAAAUGUGAUGUGUGUCUUAAGGCAUUUGUUGGAAAAUCAAAUCUGACACAACACAAACGCGUGCAUACUGGCGAAAAGCCCUACAAAUGUGAUGUAUGCACAAAGUCAUUUUCUGCAAAAUGCUCCCUUACAACUCACAAACGCGUACACACCGGUGAAAAGCCCUACAUUUGUACUGUAUGCCUCAAGACAUUUUCUCAAAUAUCAAACCUCAUAACACACAAACGCGUGCACACUGAUUACAUAAGAGUAUGAUGUACCUAUGUCUAAGGUAUUUUUCUCAUAAGUCAGCACUCACACAACACAAAGGCAUGCCAUAGUGAAAAGCUCAGUCAAUCAUUUAUAAAAAUAAUCUAAGAAAAAAUUGUUGUCUUGUUGUGAAUCAACACAUGUAGUUAUAUAUUUUAAUAUAAUAAAAUAUUUAAAUGGUUUGUUUAUUUUACUUUUUAACUACCAGAUUGUAAGUGUAGAGCACUUGUAAUUUAAUAGUGUACGUGUAACUGCUAAAGUUAUUAUAAAUAUUGUUUAAUUUUAAUUGAAAAACUUUGACUAACCGAUGAUAAGUCGAUUUAAUGUUCAAAAAAAAAAGUUAGACUUAUGACGUAAUAUUAAGUUGACUUGCCUCAUUUUUUUAAGUGAACUUUUUGUGAUUGAUUGACAUGUUUUAUAUUAUUGAUUUAUUAUUAUUAUUAAAAAUCAGUUUUUUUUAAAUAACUACAUAUUUCGUCGAAUUUAAUUUGUAUUUUAACAGUAGCACUAAAAAAAAAG